AUGAACGAGGUUUUGAUGCAAGCAGUCGUCGCCGCCGGUAUCGAUCCACAACUCCUGAUAGACAGGAAAACAGCUGUUCAGUCAUAUGAGAACCCGCCUGAGAGCACGAAGAAAUUUCGCAGUCUUUUCCGAAGCUUGAAGAAUAUCCCACAACUUGCAGAAUCUUACCAUAAAAUGGACACACUGAUUCGACAACAAAAGUCGAACUGUAAAGUCUUUCUUAUGAUAGAUUAUGGAGAAAGAAUCGCCGAAGAAGUGACCAUGAGGUAUAUUUUGAUGGACAAUGCGCCGCUCAAACAGGAACUGGAGCAUGGAGGUUUAUACGGCCAGCUAGCUCACUCGGUCUUUGUUGCACGUCGCCUCAUACAUUAUAGCUGUGCUGGGACCAACAUUACAGACGAUACCCAGCACUGUGAAGAAUGGCCAUUAGCUCUGCCGCAUGCCUUGCGAACAGACGAGAGGAUCAACGCUGUUCUCUACUGGAAUGAUUUGCAAGAAAUAGAACGCGAAUACGUGCAAUGGGUAGGGGAAUACCUGGCUGCAGCAGUAGAACAGUUUCAAGAGGCGCAAUGCACAAAUGACUGUAGUUCCGGAUCAUGUCGUGAACGGCUCGACACAGUGUACAUCAUAGGAAGCUAUUCCGAUAGCGAGUUGAUCGAACGGGCCGUUCAGAAUGUUAUGGGCAGAGAUAUGGUCAUAAAGGGCGGUGAUCAACAUGGCAUUCUACUCGCCUCUAUUGGUGGAGCGCGCUUUGCACUUGCUUAUCGCGACAUGCAAGAUCAAACGUUUGGAAGUCUUUGUCAAUAUCAACGGCAUGACGAGCUCUGA